CUCGACGAGGGCCAGGACGUCAUAAUUUAAUUGUUCCUGCAGAUCAUAUCCAACGAUUGAUUCAUUUUCCACGUGAACACAAGCCUUUCUCUCGUUCUUUUGUAAAUAAAUUCCUGAUAACGUCGAAUCAUCACGUCAAACCACUCGAACAAUAAAUUACAUUAACUCUAUCCCUACUCUGUCACUCGUAUAAACAAGCCCCAGUCGUAAACGUAUGCAGUUACGUCGUGAUCGUUGCAACCGACGGCUCAUGACUCACGCGCUUCCGUCGAUUAGACUCGUGUUCGUUAUCGCUUCGACAAUUUUUCGUAAUUUAUGACAUUCUUUGAAUCGAAUGGAUCAACAUGACGUCGACGAGUGAGAUAAUUACCCGAGGGAAAUCGAAGCUGUGGCCCCAGUGGCUGGCGGCAGGAACAAGUAGUUCAUAUUCUCGCACUUUUAUGCGGAAUGGUCGGCGGAUGGACAUCACCGUACCUCGCGAAACUCACGAUGGGAACGGAAUCCGUCGUCGUGACGUCUGACGAGGCGUCGUGGAUCGCCUCGUUGCUGCACCUGUCGAGACCGAUCGGGUCGAUCGUCGCAGCUGGAGUUGUUCAUAGAUUCGGAGCGAAGAACGGAAUGUUGAUGGCGGGGGUUCCACAUGUCGUCGCCUGGUCCUGUUUCCUCAUCAAGGAGUCAGUUCCUUGGAUUUAUGGCUCGAGGGUGUCGGGGGGGUUCGCCAUGGGGAUGUACCUGAGUACUUUCCCCCUCUACAUCGGGGAGAUUGGGAAUGAGAACAUCAGGGGCGCCCUUAUUGGGCUCGUGGCUCAGGGCCAGGCCAUAGGGUACCUGUUGGGGAACUCCCUGGGGGCUUAUCUCAGCAUGAGACACUUCGCCAUCAUCAACUUCGGACUUAGCGUCAUGUUUAUCGUCAGCUUCUUCUCGUUUCCUGAUAGCGCGUAUUAUCUUGUCAAGAGACACAGGGUUGAGGAGGCGGAGAAGUCGCUGAAGUGGUACAAUCGUCGGGGAGAUGUCGGGGCGGAGCUGGCAGCUGUCAAGGAAUACAUCGGACAGCCACAGACGAUGACGUUCAGGGAGUCUUUCAGACGAUUGUCAACUCCUGUCAAUCGAAAGACUUUGGGAAUCGUCAUUUGUGUUUAUUUGUUUAUGCAACUGAGCGGAAUCUACACGAUCGCACCGUAUCUUGAGAUACUGCUGACGACGUUGGAGAUCGAUGUUGUCGCACCCUCGGUGGUGGUCAUAUUGGUGAGUGUCGUUGCUGUCGUCGGGGGACUCAUGGCGAUUUACACGAACGAUCACUUCGGCCGACGGACGAUGCUGGCGGUCUCCACCGCUGGCGUCUCCGUUGCUUUUGUAAUGAUUGGGGUUAAUUAUCUGUUGAUGAGACGCGGUUACGAUAUAUCGAAUUUUCAGUGGUUUAUCGUCGCCGAGUUUAUGAUUUUUAUUUUCUUUUUGAAUAUCGGACUGACGAACAUUCCCAGUUGUCUUUUGAGUGAACUCUUCUCACCGGAACUUAAGGAAAUCGGGUCGUGUAUUGCGAAUGUCGUCUGCUCGGUGUCCGCAUUCGUCGCGACGAAGAGGUUUCAACCGUUACUCGAUUCUACGUCGGAGGAAUUCGUUUUCUUUUUGCAUUCGUUUCUUGUUUUUCUUAUGUUUGUUUAUACCCUCGCGGUUGUCCCGGAAACGAAGGGGAAGACACUUCAGGAGAUCCAGAGCAUGUUGACGAAGACGAAGACGUCGGGUGCUGGGACCCAACGUCGACGAUCGAGGGAGAUCGAUUGAGUGUGGAUCGUUAAGUUGUUGAUGACUGGUUGAUUUGUAUAUAAUUAAUAAAUAUUUUGAUGUUU